CUUAGAGAGAGGGAGAGAGAGGGGGAGAGCGACUAAACUCUCGGAAAAUGCAAAAGGGGAAGUCUGCAAAUAAAGGGAGAGGAGGAGAAACGCUAGAAACCACAUGUGGCUGUUAGGAGCCAUAAUCCAGCUAUGGAGCGAGACAGAAUCGCUGCCCUGAAACGCUCAUUUGAAGUGGAAGAUGUGGACUCUUCCUCACACUCUUCAUCGCCUCACACACGGCGAGCACCAUCCAAUGUUCAGCGUUCAGCCAUGUCCCCGACCAGCGGACGGUAUUAUGAGCUGGGCUCCAAUGGUACCAAGCCCCCUGACACCUCAAAGCCCAAAGCUCGAACCCCUGAACCUGUGUCACGUAGAACAGAGCUAGGCUUUGACAUCUCAUCCAACAACAAUGGCAAAGCUAUUGAAGGCUCUCCCAGUCCUGGCACGGCUCGGUUUGGGCUGAGGAGGCCAGAUGUUUUGAGCCACAGUAAGAUGCCUGAGACACAGAAGCACUCAGUCACCUUCAGCAAGACACUGGAGACCAUUGCCCCCAUCACACGUUCAGCAUCUACCAUCGUUCCUCAUGCCAGUGCUAAACUCCCAGAGACCACCUUCAGGAAAAGCGAGCCACCAAGCCCUGCAGAUGGAUCAGCAAGAAAGCCUGAAACCAGUGUCACCAAAUCACCAGACACCAAAGGUCAUGACAGUCUUCACCAUCCACCAGUUACAACAAGGUGUCCAUCACCUAAUCAAGUUGGGCGGAAAUCCCCUAGUUCUGACAGGCAAAGGCCAGAGGUCAGUACAAGUUUUUACGGCAAUAUGGCAGAUGUAGGAAAGACACCUGUGGCACGGAAUGAGAAGACAAACAGUGAGUUUGGCUAUGUGGGCAUUGAUGCCAUCUUGGAACAGAUGAGGAGGAAAGCCAUGAAACAAGGCUUCGAGUUUAACAUCAUGGUAGUGGGUCAGAGUGGUCUGGGUAAAUCCACGUUGAUGAACACACUUUUUAAAUCUAAAGUGAGUCGCAGAUCUUUGAUGACAUCAGAAGAAGAGCGAAUUCCUAAGACAAUUGAGAUCAAGUCCAUCAGUCAUGAUAUUGAGGAGAAAGGAGUGAGAAUGAAGCUGACUGUCAUUGACACUCCAGGUUUUGGAGACCAGAUAAACAAUGAGAACUGCUGGCAGCCCAUCAUGAAGUUCAUUAAUGCACAGUACGAACAGUAUUUACAGGAAGAGAUCAACAUCGAAAGGAAGAAGAGGAUUCCAGACUCACGAGUCCACUGCUGCAUAUAUUUUAUUCCUCCCACUGGACACUGUUUGCGGCCAAUUGACAUUGAGUUUAUGAGACACCUAAGUAAAGUAGUGAACAUCGUUCCUGUUAUCGCCAAGGCAGACACACUCACCCUGGAGGAGAGAGAUUUCUUCAAACAGAAGAUAAGAGAGGACUUGCGAGCCAAUGAAAUUGACAUCUAUCCUCAAAAAGAGUUUGAUGAGGAUGCAGAGGACAGAAUUAUUAAUGAGAAGAUCAGGGAGAUGAUCCCAUUUGCUGUGGUGGGAAGUGAUCAGGAAUAUCAGGUCAACGGAAAAAGACUUCUGGGCAGGAAAACAAGAUGGGGGACAGUAGAAGUUGAGAACACCGCACACUGCGAGUUUGCCUACUUGCGGGACCUGCUCAUCAGAACUCAUAUGCAGAACAUCAAAGAUAUCACAAGCAGCAUCCAUUACGAGAUGUACCGCGUGCGCAGACUCAAUGAGAAUAACACACAACCAAACGGGCAGCAGGCAAUCCACGCCAAUGGUGUACCUGAGCAUGAAGUCCUCUCCCAUGAGAUGUAGAUGUCUGUCUGACCAUCCACCAAUCCAUCAAUCAGUCCGUCCAUCUAUCUAUCUUUUUUUUCCCUUCAAUCCCUCAAUUUUCAGAAGUCUCUUCCUGUCUGUUUACUGUUGUUUUUUAACACCAAAAAAUAUUUCCGAUCUGUAAAAAAAAAAUUUAUAG